AUGGAGAACAGAAGCUUCGAAGGAACAAACGACAAACCAUGUGUUGCGGAAAUGUCGUUAAUUUCCUCAGCUUUUCUGAUUUGUUUGUACGCUGUGUCCAGCAUGACUUGCCUUUUUGGCAACUGUGUUGUCCUUCUUGCUAUCUAUCAAACAAAGACACUCCGCACUGUAUCAAAUUUUUUCAUUGCCUCGCUCGCUGUAGCGGACAUUUCAGUGGGUUUUUUCAUGAACCCGAUUCUGAUUUCUAAAGCAGCACUGAAUAUUUGGCAAGGAAACCACUGGCUUUCAAAACUAGCUGACUUCAUGUGGAUUCAAACGACAACAAGUACUACUUUUAAUUUAUGUUCUGUAAGCAUCGAUCGAUAUGUAGCAAUUACUGCAGUUUUCAAAUACCACCGAAUCAUGACCCGCAAGAAGUGUUUCGCUGCAUUGACUUUGAUCUGGCUGUUUUCUUUCUUGUUUGCUUCUGUGAGACUUUUCAUCGACAACUCAGCGGAUCUUCCAAGACUUUGGAUUUCAACUACAGUCUUAACAGUUAUCAUUCCACUCUUUCUCAUCGGAUUUUGCUACCUGAAAAUUUACUGCGCGGCAAGGACGCAGAUCAAGAAAAUUGCUGAACGCAAGAUAAGCGCGGAAGAAGCGAGAUUGUCUGCAAUGAACAGAAAAGCAGCGUGGACAGCGGGAAUAGUUAUUUUUCUUUUUGUGGUCAUGUGGUUACCAAGCUUCUUGGCCUCCUGCAUCGAGCUUACGACGGCGAAUCGCUGUAAAAAGUUAGAAGUUGACUAUGCGUGGUUCUGGCUCGCCUUUUUAUGCUUUUGCUCAUCAGCAGUUAAUCCAUGGGUCUACACGAUAAGAGUGCCAGAAUUUAAAAACACUCUGAGAAGAAUUUUGGGUAGGAAACGAAUGAGUAGAGAGCUUUCUCGGAGUAUAGCUGCGAGUUUUAGGAAUUCCAAAAGUAAUCCGUCAGCACUUUAA